CUGCUGCUGCUGCUGUGGCUUUAGAGGAGGUGGCGGAGCUGUGUCGUUCUUCGGACAGAGGGGAACUUCGCGGCGCCUACGGGUGUGGCUUCAAACGUGAUAAAUCUCAACGCGGGGCGAAGAAUGUCUAACGGCAGCACCGACUAACACCGACUAACAGACGAACACAGUGGCAGGUCUGUCCGCAGCUCAAGGCGGUGAGAGUGUGAAGUGUGUGUUUGUUGGAUAAAGGAAUUUGUAGAUCCCGUCUUGAACAGCUGGACUAACUUUUUUUCCACCUUUUUUUCCUGCUCAACUUCGCGGUCCGUUUUCGUCCGUUUAAACGACUCAAAUGGAAAUAGUUUAGAGUCAGUCGUCCCUGAACAGUUAGUUAAUGUGUCUUUGUCGGUGGUUGGACAACUUCUCUACACUCCGUGGAAGAAAAACACCAAUGUUGGCCAACUGAGUGAACUGAACGAGGCGACGAGACUGGGAAUUUCGUACGUAGUAGUAAAAAAAAAAAAAGAAAAAUCCCAAGUUCGCCGUAGGAAAUUGUUGCUCUCCACGGCGGAUGAACUGACACCACGUCACGUUUGACAGCAUUCUUAGAAAAAAGGGGGAAGUCAGUUAAAAAAAAAACCCUUUUUGGAAAUAAAGGGGAUAUAUAUAUAUCGGACUUGGUCGUUAUUAUAAUUUUUUUCUCCAGGUGAUUUUCCACACUAAACAGCAGACCUGAAGCGAGCACUGGGAACCAUGGGCUGUACGGUCAGUCAAGAAGAUAAAGCCGCGGCGGAGAGGUCUAAAAUGAUAGAUAAGAACCUGAGAGAAGAUGGAGACAGGGCGGCCAGAGAAGUCAAACUACUGCUACUGGGUGCUGGAGAAUCAGGGAAGAGCACCAUUGUGAAGCAGAUGAAGAUUAUUCAUGAGGAUGGAUACUCAGAAGAUGAGUGUAAGCAGUACAGAGCCGUGGUCUACAGCAACACAAUCCAGUCCAUCAUGGCCAUCAUCAAAGCUAUGGCCAACCUCAAGAUUGAAUAUGAAGAAUCCACCAGAGCGGACGAUGCCCACCAACUCUUUUCCCUGUCGGCAGAAGCAGAGGAGCAGGGCGUCCUGCCGGAGGAGUUGUCCAACGUGAUCCAGCGACUAUGGGCUGACAACGGCGUCCAGAGCUGCUUUACACGGGCCAGAGAGUACCAGCUGAAUGACUCUGCAGCUUACUAUCUAAAUGACCUGGAGAGGAUAGCCAAGUCAGAUUACAUCCCCACGCAGCAAGACGUUCUGCGGACCCGGGUCAAAACAACCGGCAUCGUGGAGACGCAUUUCACCUUUAAGGACCUGCACUUCAAGAUGUUCGAUGUCGGAGGCCAGCGGUCCGAGAGGAAGAAGUGGAUCCACUGCUUCGAGGGAGUCACGGCCAUUAUCUUCUGUGUGGCCAUGAGUGCCUACGACCUGGUGCUGGCCGAGGAUGAGGAGAUGAACCGGAUGCACGAGAGCAUGAAGCUGUUUGACUCCAUCUGCAACAACAAGUGGUUCACAGAGACCUCCAUCAUCCUGUUCCUCAACAAGAAGGAUCUGUUUGAGGAGAAGAUUGCUCACAGCCCGCUCACCAUCUGUUUCCCUGAGUACACUGGGCCAAACAAGUAUGAAGAGGCCCAGGCGUACAUCCAGACCAAAUUUGAGGACCUGAACAAGAAGAAGGACACCAAGGAGAUCUACACCCACUUCACCUGCGCCACUGACACCAAGAACGUGCAGUUUGUGUUUGACGCCGUCACCGACGUCAUCAUCAAGAACAACCUGAAGGACUGCGGCCUCUUCUGAGAUCACGGAUGAGUCCGAGUCCGAGUCAGAGUCAGAGUCAAGAUUACUUGAACAGUUCUGAUGACCAUAAUAAUGGGGGAACACACACACCCACACACACACAUGCACGCACACACACAAAGACUGCACUGGCCAACCACCGACCACAACUUCUGCUUUCUUCUGUUUUUUGUAAAAAAAAAAGGAAAUAAAAACCUCACCCAGGAGGCUGACAGCUCCACAAGCUCUGCAGAAUUCCAACUAAUGCCGAUCCAGCUGCUUGUAUCGUUAACUCUUUUGGCGCCGACCGCAGAAAAAAAAAAAAAAUCAACAUUUAUUUUGUCAAGUCUUUUGGUCCUCUUUUUUUUUUUUCCUUCCUAAAUGUUUUUUAUAUAAAUAAAUUCAUUUUAACUUUAGAGAUUCUGAUGUGCAAAGUAUGAUAGAAGCUUUUAAUCACAGGCAGCGUAUUUUUUAUGAGAUAAAGCACAGGCGUCAGCAAAAUAAAAUAAAAAAAAAAACAGGAAUUGAAGAAAGUGCUUUUAAAAAAAAAAAAAUGUUUACAUGAGUUCAUCUUUCAUAGCCGACCGCAUAUUGUUCAGCAUGAUUAAACUUGGCAAAUAUUAGCUCUGUAUUCUGCACCAAUGGUCUAACAUUCCUAUAAAAACAACAACAAAAAAAUAUAUAAAAUGAAGAAAAAAAAACGCAAAAAAAAAAAAGCUUCACAU